CCCCCCCCCCUCUCCUCUCCUCUCUCUCCACCCGCGCACCUUUCGACUGCCACAAUAGAUGUUGCUCAACUACACGCACUCCGAUCUGCUCCUCUAAAGUCCCCGUCGCCGAGAUGGAGAGCGCGCAUACCAAGUCCGCCACCGAAGUUUUGGACAACUUCGGCGUGAACGAGAACACCGGGCUGACUCUGGAACAGGUCAAAGUCAAUUGCGAGAAAUAUGGACCGAACGAGCUUCCAGCCGAAGAAGGCAAGUCCCUGUGGGAGCUGGUGGUGGAGCAAUUUGAAGACCUCCUGGUCAGGAUCCUGCUGCUAGCUGCGUGUGUCUCCUUUGUGUUGGCUCUGUUUGAAGAGGGAGAGGAGACAACCACCGCCUUCGUGGAGCCUAUUGUCAUUCUUCUUAUCCUCAUUGCCAACGCCGUUAUUGGAGUCUGGCAGGAGCGUAAUGCAGAGAAUGCUAUCGAGGCUCUGAAAGAGUACGAACCGGAGAUGGGGAAGGUGUACCGCAUGAACCGCAAGGCUGUCCAGAGGAUCAAAGCCCGGGACAUCGUCCCCGGGGACAUCGUGGAGGUGGCAGUUGGUGACAAGGUGCCUGCUGACAUCAGAGUGACGUCAAUAAAGUCCACCACGCUGCGUGUGGACCAGAGCAUCCUCACAGGGGAGUCUGUUUCGGUCAUCAAACACACCGACCCAGUUCCUGACCCCAGAGCUGUCAACCAAGACAAAAAGAACAUGCUGUUUUCUGGCACCAACAUAGCAGCCGGUCGGGCCAUAGGGGUGGUCGUCGCUACGGGCGUGACCACGGAGAUCGGUAAGAUCCGCAACCAGAUGGCGGCGACGGAGCAGGAGAAGACUCCGCUGCAGCAGAAGCUGGACGAGUUCGGCCAGCAGCUGUCAAAGGUCAUCUCCCUGAUCUGCGUGGCUGUGUGGGUCAUCAACAUCGGCCACUUCGGCGACCCGGUCCACGGCGGCUCCUGGGUCAAGGGGGCCAUCUACUACUUUAAGAUCGCCGUGGCCCUGGCCGUGGCGGCCAUUCCCGAGGGCCUGCCCGCCGUCAUCACCACCUGCCUGGCCCUGGGCACGCGCCGCAUGGCCAAGAAGAACGCCAUAGUGCGCAGCCUCCCCUCCGUGGAGACGCUGGGCUGCACCUCGGUUAUCUGCUCCGAUAAGACGGGCACCCUCACCACCAACCAGAUGUCUGUGUGCAGAAUGUUCGUAACAGACAAAGUCGAGGGGUCGAGCUGCACCCUUCAUGAGUUCUCAAUAACUGGGUCCACGUAUGCUCCAGAGGGACAAAUACUUAAAGGAAACAAGCCCAUCCAGUGUGGAGACUACGAUGGACUUGUGGAAUUGGCCACUGUGUGCUCCAUGUGCAACGACUCUUCACUGGACUACAAUGAGGCCAAAGGGGUUUAUGAGAAGGUGGGCGAGGCCACAGAAACGGCUCUCACCACUCUGGUGGAAAAGAUGAAUGUCUUCAAGACGGACCUGUCUGCGCUCACCAAGGUGGAACGCGCCGGAGCCUGCAACUCGGUGAUCAGACAGCUGAUGAAGAAGGAGUUCACUCUGGAGUUCUCUCGUGACCGCAAGUCCAUGUCCGUCUACUGCACUCCGGUCAAACAGGGCUCCCAGAGCAAGAUGUUCGUCAAGGGGGCCCCGGAGAGUGUGAUCGAGAGGUGUCAGUCCUUGCGGGUGGGAACUGGAAAGGUGCCGCUGACACCCGCCCUGCGCGACCAACUGCUGUGUCAGAUCAGGGAGUGGGGGACCGGCAGGGACACCCUGCGCUGCCUGGCUCUGGCCACUCAAGACAGCCCGCCACGCAAAGAGGACAUGGACCUGGAGAAUGCCAGCAAGUUUGCAGAAUAUGAGAUGGGACUUACUUUUGUUGGAUGUGUGGGCAUGCUCGACCCGCCCCGGAAGGAGGUGAUCGGCUCAAUCAAACUCUGCAACGAGGCCGGCAUCCGGGUCAUCAUGAUCACUGGUGAUAAUAAAGGCACCGCGGUGGCCAUCUGCAGGCGCAUCGGCAUCUUCGGGGAGGAUGAGGAAGUGACGGGAAAGGCCUACACGGGCCGCGAGUUCGACGACCUCCCCCAAGAGGCUCAGAGAGAGGCGGUCAAACUGGCCAGAUGCUUCGCCCGUGUCGAGCCGGCCCACAAGUCCAAGAUUGUCGGAUACCUUCAGUCUUUUGAUGAGAUCACUGCCAUGACAGGAGAUGGAGUGAACGAUGCUCCGGCUUUGAAAAAAGCAGAAAUCGGCAUCGCCAUGGGUUCUGGCACGGCCGUGGCCAAGUCGGCGUCUGAGAUGGUGCUGUCCGAUGAUAACUUCUCCACCAUCGUAGCAGCUGUGGAGGAGGGCAGGGCCAUCUACAACAACAUGAAGCAGUUCAUUAGAUACCUCAUUUCCUCCAACGUGGGAGAAGUGGUCUGCAUCUUCCUGACAGCCAUCCUGGGUCUCCCCGAGGCGCUGAUUCCAGUGCAGCUGCUGUGGGUCAAUUUAGUGACUGACGGACUUCCUGCCACCGCUUUGGGCUUUAACCCUCCAGACCUGGACAUCAUGGACAAACCACCCCGCAACCCAAAGGAGCCGCUCAUCUCUGGCUGGCUCUUCUUCAGAUAUUUAGCCAUUGGAGGAUAUGUGGGCCUCGGAACAGUGAGCGCAGCCACAUGGUGGUACCUGUUUGAUGAGGAUGGCCCACAGGUGUCUUUCAAUCAGCUGCGACACUUCAUGCAGUGCACGGAGGACAACCCGAUGUUCCAGGGAAUAGACUGUGAGGUGUUCGAAUCCCGCUACCCCACAACCAUGGCGCUGUCAGUGCUGGUCACUAUUGAAAUGUUUAAUGCGCUCAACAGUUUGUCUGAGAACCAGUCCCUGGUGAGGAUGCCUCCCUGGGUCAAUAUUUGGCUGCUGGGAGCAAUCAUCCUCUCCCUCUCCCUCCACUUUCUAAUACUCUACGUUGAGCCUCUGCCGCUCAUCUUCCAGGUGACCCCUUUGCACUGGUCCCAGUGGAUUGUGGUCUUCAAGAUUUCCAUCCCGGUCAUCCUCCUGGAUGAAGCACUGAAAUACGUCUCCAGGAACCAUCUAGAAGGUGAUGAGGAGAAGAAAUAUCGGAGGAGAUGGCAGCUGAACUAAGAUCUCUCCAUCAACACACUCGCAUAGUUAGACACACACGGCUACCCUCUUCCCUUUCAAAUCUUGGAACCUUUUCCCCUGCCUUCGUUCCCCAACCCUGCAUGUCCAACAAACCACCACUAGAAAUGAGCAGGGCUUGCAAGAAAAGAGAGCAUUUGUGUUCCUGCGUGCAUGGCUUUGUACACAUGUGAAAGUAGAUGAGCAGCGGGCAUGUGCGAGGCCAGCGCAGAACCUCCUUCAUAGCUGUGUGAGUGAGAAACGACUGCAGAAAAAAAGGAUUAAAGUGCCCUGCACCUUUUUUUUUUUUCAUUUCAUUUCAUUUUCUUUUUUUUAUUUUUUUUUUUUAUUUCUCUGCUCAUUUGCUCCUUAUGACUGUACAGAACACAGUGGUGCGCAACUGGACUUUUGGUGAGAGGGAAGGAGAGGGAGAGGAGGAGAACGACAGUACUGGGUGGGUGGCGGAGGGCUGGGGUUCAAAUCCGCUCAGAGGCCAAAGAGAGAUUGAGAGGAAGCGGCCGUGGAAACGAAACCGAUGAACGCGCUUGCAUGAAAGAGCAUCAGCACAGCGCAUUUCAUUCUCCGGGUAGUUUGUCAUCACCCUUUGCAUUUGCUCUCAUCCAAAAAGAAAAAAAACAACAACUUCCUUUUGCCUGUCUCACUCCCUCUCCAUCUCUCUUUCUCUCGCUCUGUUCCGAGGGGGCAGCCGGGGGUCCGGGGGUCAUGGCGCCGUCGGGCGCUUUAGCUGAAGGUGUUAAUAGCUUAGGCUGCUUCGCUUCCUUUGGCUCUUAAUUCGAGGAGCUGAGGUCAGCUCACACUCUGGUGAAAAAAGAAAAACAUAAAAGAAAUUAAAUUAAAAAAACAGAUCCACGUCAGGAUUAAUCAUCACCAAUGCAAACCGUUUAAUGUGUCAAUAAAAGGUGGAUCUGAACAACAUAAUGCUUUGUGACAUUUUGUACAGAGCGGGCGUCUCAUCAUUAAUCCGUUCAUCUUUUAGCUCUAAUGUGUGUGUGUAUGUGUGCCUAUAGCCUUACUUGAAUACAUUGUUCAAAUCUGACUUCUUCUCAGCUUCUGAAUGGAACACACAAUGUAGUUUAAGAACAGGAACUAAAUCCGUUGAGUGUCUCGGCCUCAUCUGGUCUCGGAUCAUUGGUUUAUGAAGCACAGUUGGCGUUCAUGCCUUAUAAAACCCACUGCACCCCCACACUGAAGAUGUGGUCCUAAUAAUCGGUGUGUCGCUGCUCACCUGAAAGCAGCUUUUUAUCCAUGGCAGCCAGUUUCAUGCGUGCCCCAGCGUAGAUGGAGUGAAUCGUGUCCACCCCCUUUGCUUCCUGUGUGCUGCUUCCUCAGCUCCUCUUGCUCUGUGCUUUAGCCAUUUACUUUGGGUAUGUUUUAUAACGACUGAAUAAUAAUGUAUUUGACUGAAUAAACCCGUGGGGGUUCGGAUUGUGUCUUUUAAGUCCUACUUUUUUGGGGGGGAUUGUGUUGGGCCCUGGUGCUCUGUGGAGUGGCUCAGCUGUGUUUUUUUGCCCUCUUGUUGCUUCCACAUGUUGUUCGAAUGGUGGAGAGCGCUCAUUGGGAGAAUAAAUUUGAGGUGCUGGAUCAAAAACGGGUAUCUGCACACUGUUGGUUGAUUCUCAGUUUUGAUCAGAGCGCUUUUAGACAUAAAAUUAUUAAACAAAUGCAAAAACCUGUUGGAUUAAUGCUCCCAGAUUUGACUAGUUUUCUUGAUAUUACAUUAUUGCUACAGGAUUAUUUUGGGGUAAAUUUAAAGUGGCAAUUAAGAAAUUUCCUGAUUUUUUGGACAAACCAUUUUAUGGACAGUCUUUUGAAAAGUUUUGACAGUUGCACUCAUUCAAGGCAACUGUAUCCUUUUGAUAAAUCUGUCUUGGAGGGUAUUGACACAGUGUGCAGGUCAUUGUGCUUUCUCCUUCUUCCUGCUUCCACACCCAAUUGUAACAAGAACUCAUUUUCAGCGCGAUGGAUGGCAGCCUUUAGAAUUGGAGGAAAAAUCCAUCCUUAAACGUAAUUGCAGUCAUUUUACUACUGUUCAGUCUGCAGACAUCUGUUCUGCUGCUUGGUGGUGUUUUUUGUUUGUUACUCCAGGGGGAUAACUAGCCACACUUGCAUGGCUCGACACGGUUCCCAGAUGUUCCCACUUUCACACACUCUCUCUGGGCUCAUUCUUCCUAAAGCACGAUUGUAAAUCAACGUCAUACAUUAAGUAGUGCUGCAAGCAGUGGAGACGAAUACUUUAAAGUUAAUUAAGACGCAUCAUCAGGACAUCGGUCCAAAGAGAGACUGUUCCUUUCAUUUCAGAGCGGAAGCUGAAUUCUCUUUUGUGAACACAGGCUUUAUGAAAUCAGAUGUUACAUCCAGUGCUUUCCUCGAUACGUCAUGACAAUGUGGCACCUCUGUCCCGACCAGUGGACCCUGUCCCUCUCCCGGGUCUCCAUGGCUCUGUAACAUGCUGGCCCUCUGGCCACCAUGCACUAUAGCUCUGUAUAGCCUUGUUAUUUACUACUGAAUCCUCAACUCGGACGAUGAGGAUAUGAUCGCAUGGAACCUUGUUACUGUAAUAAUAACCUAUACAGUAUGUAAUAUUUAAUUUUUUUUUAAAAUUCAUAUUCACCUAGCAGACUUGUGAGAAAUCUUUUUUUUUUUCUUUUGUUUUUGAGCACAUUGUAACCAAGGAUGUCUUUUUUUCUUUCUUUUUUUGUGUGUUUAUUUCCUGUUUCUUUGUGUGUGUUUGUGUACAAUACAAGGUCGUUUCUUCAUUGUUUCUGUUUGGUUUUUACAGUUGCCGGGAUUUAGCGUCUUUUACUGGGAAAAUUAGAAAAACAAAGUUAUUGUGUAUAAGGUAGAGAGUAAUGCUUACGUUAAUUAGUGGCAAUGACGCGGAUCAUUUCAGCGAUAGCUCUUUAGUGUGAGGAUGUUCAAAAAAUUGUGAAUGAACUGUUUGGUUUACACUGAGUGAUGAGAAGCAAUGGGUCUUGGGUUAUGAAGUUUUAUGACUGUGGUUUGAAGGGCUUGGUGGGAAUGCAGGCUCUAGAGACCUAUGUCAGUCCCUUUGGGUCUGAUCUUUGGGAUGUCCCAGCAUGGUACUUAAAAGCCUCUUCGAUCUGUAGGAGAAUGCCAACCCCAACUAGCAGUAAAGGAGAAAUGAGGUUUGAUUACAUCUGAGCAGUGGUCACCUUCCUCUGUCUCCAGAGCCUGGGUUCCUCCUCUGAGAAAUAAAAAGGAUUCUCUGUGUUGCCUUGUUAAUAUUAAUUGUGGACACAUAAUUUUAUAAACAACUGAGACAUGGAAAUAAAGAUUAUUUAUCUUGUUAUUUAUCCAGUGCUUGUGAUCAUUAUAAUGCCACCAUAAUAACACAUCAAAUGUCCUCUUUCACAUCACCUUUCUUUGGAAGUACUUUCUGUUUUCUAAAUGCAAUAAAUACCUUAAAUGGUUAUUUCAAAAGUACAUAACCCCUAAUGGGGAAACAGAUGUUUUUUUUAUUUAUUUUUGUAAACGAGUGACCUAACCAAACUUUCUAUAUGCAAAACAGCACAUUUAAAAAAGUUGUCUGCAAACUGCAAAUAUUAAAGGCACUAGUAUGCAGAGCUCAAACUUGCAAUGCAUUGGGAAAAUAUAAAAGAAAAUAUGCAAGCUAGUGAGGCUCUUUGACUGCUAAAACAUGGUUUUAAAAAUGCUUGUUAAAUAUAUCUAGACUAUUUGAUACCUUAUUCAAAGCCUGACUGCAUUUCAGUGUGCAUAAUUUUCAGAAGCACCCCAGAGGAGUUGUGUGUGAAAUCAAAUCACCCAGUUUGCCCAUUCCAGUGAGCACCAGGCAUUAAUUCACCCUCUUAUUAAAUUAAAUUAUUUUCAGCCCAAGGAGUUCUGUGUUUCAGAUAUCACACAAACAAC